AAACAAUACCAGGCCAGGCCCAAACCAACCCAAAUACUGCUUAUGGUCCAAAUACUGCUAGGGUAUACGAUUAGGGUUUUGCCAUCUCGUCCAUUUUAAUUAACUCGACUUUCGCCUCCUCUCCGCUCCGUCCUCCGAACCCACAGCAGGCAUAGCUGAGGAGUGAGCUAAGAGAGAAAAGAGCGAAAAUGGUGGACAAGACGAAAGGAAGAAAGGAAGAGGUGGUGACCAGGGAGUACACCAUCAACCUCCACAAGCGUCUGCACGGCUGCACAUUCAAGAAGAAGGCUCCUAAAGCCAUAAAGGAGAUCAGGAAAUUUGCACAGAAUGCCAUGGGUACAAAGGAUGUGAGAGUGGACGUCAAGUUGAACAAGUACGUCUGGAGCAGGGGUAUCCGAAGUGUCCCGAGGCGGGUUAGGGUUCGCAUUGCCCGCAAGAGAAAUGAUGAUGAAGAUGCAAAGGAAGAGCUGUACUCUCUCGUCACCGUUGCUGAAAUCCCAACAGAAGGGCUGAAGGGGCUUGGCACCAAGGUCAUCGAAGAAGACGAUUGAUUACCUUCCUGCCAUAUUCAGCGCUAAUGAUACAUGAGAAUUUUGGGUAGUGUUGAGAGUACAAGACUGGUUUUGUUUUCUGAUAUUUGAUGCAUUAUUGGUUUGAGCAUGGCACAGACUUCGGUGGUUUGGUUGUAGUAAUACAUUAUGUUAGUGCUUCUGUUUUGGCAUGACUUUCUUCUUCAACCCGUUUAAAGGGUAGCUACCAUUCCCAAUAUGUCUCUUCUGCUCUUGCCACUUGUGGUUCUAAAGAAAAUGCAGUUGUCCUC